AUGUGGAGACAACACCAAGCUACACCAGACGCUCAAGCGCGCCAUGAGACUCUCGCUAUGGACGAGGAGGGUGCCAGCAAAGCAGGAACGAGUCAGUUCCGUGCUCGUACCCUUUCCGCUCUUCCCGCUGGUCGUCGUGCCCGCGGUCUGGCCCUGAUCCUGCCCCCCUGCCCCCCCCUGCUCUCCGCCAGCCCCCCCCUGCUCUCCGCCAGCACCCCCCUGCUCUCCUCCAGGGCCCCCCUGCUCUCCGCCGGAUCCCCCCUGCUCUCCGCCGGAUCCCCCCUGCUCUCCACCAGGGCCCCCCUGCUCUCCGCCAGAGCCCCCCUGCUCUCCACCAGGGCCCCCCUGCUCGCCGCCAGGGCCCCCCUGCUCGCCUCCAGGGCCCCCCUGCUCGCCUCCAGGGCCCCCCUGCUCGCCACCAGGCCCGCCCUGCGCUCCGCCAGGCCCGCCCUGCUGGUUACCAGGCUUCCCUCCCUUUCCCCCCUUGCCCCCUUUCCCUCCCUUUCCGCCCUUGCCUCCCUUCCCACCUUUCCCUCCCUUUCCGCCCUUUCCGCCCUUCCCUCCCUUUCCGCCCUUUCCGCCCUUCCCUCCCUUUCCGCCCUUUCCGCCCACGUCCCCGCCGGGACCGCCUACCCCAACGUCGCCGCCACUGCCGCCUUUCCGCCCUUUCCGGUAUCCCCCCUGCUGUCCGCCAGACCCCCCCUGCUCACCGCCGGAUCCCUCCUGAUCCCCGCCGGAUCCCCCUUGCUCUCCACCAGCUCCCCCUUGCUCUCCGCCAGGUCCCCCCUGCUGGUUACCAGGGUACCCUACCUUUCCCCCCUUGCCCCCUUUCCCUCCCUUUCCGCCCUUUCCUCCCUUUCCGCCCUUCCCACCUUUCCCUCCCUUUCCGCCCUUCCCUCCCUUUCCGCCAGCGCCGAUCGGUGGCGGGCCGUCCUCACCUCCCCCAACGUCGCCGCCACUGCCGGUAUCUCCGCCGCUGGCUGA